GAGCCCGUGCGCCGGCGCCAUGGCGGAGCAGGAGAGCCUUGAGUUCGGCAAGGCGGACUUCGUGCUGAUGGACAACGUUUCCAUGCCCGAGUUCAUGGCCAACCUCCGACUCAGAUUUGAGAAAGGGCGCAUCUACACUUUCAUUGGAGAAGUUGUGGUUUCUGUGAAUCCUUACAAGCCAUUAAACAUCUAUGAGAAAGACACAAUUGAGCAGUAUAAAGGACGUGAGCUGUAUGAGAGGCCUCCUCAUCUUUUUGCUAUUGCUGAUGCUGCUUACAAGGCUAUGAAGAGGCGUUCAAAAGACACCUGUAUUAUGAUAUCAGGGGAAAGUGGAGCUGGUAAAACUGAAGCCAGUAAGUACAUCAUGCACUACAUUGCAGCCAUCACCAACCCCAGCCAGAGAGCAGAGGUUGAACGAGUGAAGAAUAUGCUGCUAAAGUCCAACUGUGUCUUAGAAGCUUUUGGAAAUGCCAAAACCAAUCGCAAUGACAACUCAAGCAGGUUUGGGAAAUACAUGGAUAUCAACUUUGAUUUCAAGGGAGACCCUAUUGGAGGACAUAUCAAUAACUACUUACUGGAGAAGUCUCGAGUGAUUGUGCAACAGCCAGGAGAAAGAAGCUUCCAUUCUUUCUAUCAGCUUCUCCAAGGAGGUUCAGAGCAGAUGCUACGCUCUCUUCACCUUCAGAAGACCCUCUCAUCCUACAACUACAUCCGUAUAGGAGCUCAAUUAAAGUCUUCUAUCAAUGAUGCUGCAGAUUUCAAAGUAGUAGCUGAUGCCAUGAAAGUCAUUGGCUUCACACCUGCGGAGAUUCAAACGGUGUAUAAAAUUCUGGCUUCUAUUCUUCACCUGGGAAAUCUAAAAUUUGUAGUGGAUGGCGACACGCCUUUCAUUGAAAAUAGCAAGCUCGUGUCCAUCAUCGCAGAGUUGCUGUCAACCAAGACGGACAUGGUGGAGAAGGCCCUCCUGUACCGGACCGUGGCCACCGGGCGAGACAUCAUCGACAAGCAGCACACAGAGCAAGAGGCCAGCUACGGCAGGGACGCCUUUGCCAAGGCAAUAUACGAGCGCCUAUUUUGUUGGAUUGUUACCCGCAUCAAUGAUAUUAUUGAGGUCAAGAAUUACAACACCACCAUCCAUGGGAAAAACACUGUUAUUGGUGUCCUAGAUAUCUAUGGCUUUGAAAUCUUCGACAACAACAGCUUUGAACAAUUCUGCAUCAAUUACUGCAAUGAGAAACUGCAACAGCUAUUUAUACAGCUGGUUCUGAAGCAGGAACAAGAGGAAUACCAGCGGGAAGGAAUCCCUUGGAAGCACAUCGAUUACUUCAACAAUCAGAUCAUUGUGGACCUGGUGGAGCAGCAGCACAAGGGCAUCAUCCCCAUCCUCGAUGACGCCUGCAUGAACGUCGGCAAAGUGACCGAUGAAAUGUUCCUCGAAGCACUUAACAGUAAAUUGGCCAAGCACGGUCAUUUCUCUAGCCGAAAGCUCUGUGCCUCAGACAAGAUCCUGGAGUUUGAUCGAGAUUUUCGAAUCCGACAUUACGCGGGCGAUGUCAUCUAUUCUGUCAUUGGCUUUAUUGACAAAAAUAAAGAUACUUUAUUUCAAGAUUUCAAGCGCCUCAUGUACAACAGUUCAAAUACUGUGCUGAAGAAUAUGUGGCCUGAAGGCAAACUGAGUAUCACAGAGGUGACCAAGAGACCCCUCACAGCGGCCACCUUAUUUAAGAACUCCAUGAUCGCUCUGGUAGACAACCUCACGUCAAAGGAACCCUAUUACGUACGUUGCAUCAAACCAAAUGACAAGAAAUCCCCACAGAUUUUUGAUGAUGAACGCUGCCGGCAUCAAGUGGAGUAUCUCGGACUAUUGGAAAAUGUGAGGGUGCGUCGGGCGGGAUUUGCCUUCCGCCAGUCAUAUGAGAAGUUUCUUCACAGAUACAAGAUGCUCUCUGAAUUCACCUGGCCCAACCAUGACCUCCCUUCAGACAAAGAGGCUGUCAAGAAACUGAUAGAAGGUUGUGGCUUUCAGGACGACGUAGCUUAUGGGAAGACCAAGAUUUUCAUUCGUACACCCCGAACAUUAUUUACUUUGGAAGAACAACGUGCCCAGAUGCUCGUAAGGAUCGUCCUCUUUCUACAAAAGGUGUGGAGGGGCACCCUGGCCCGUAUGCGAUACAAGAGGACCAAGGCCGCUCUGGCGAUUAUCAGAUACUACCGGGGCUACAAAGUGAAAUCCUACAUCCGCGAGGUGGCCAGGCGCUUCCAGGGCGUCAAGGCCAUGAGGGACUAUGGGAAACACGUGCAGUGGCCCACCCCGCCCAAAGUGCUCCGCCGCUUCGAGGAGGCCUUGCAGACAAUUUUUAAUAGAUGGCGAGCAUCCCAGCUCAUCAACAGCCUACCUCCUACAGACCUGCCCCAGGUCAGGGCAAAGGUUGCAGCCAUGGAAAUGUUGAAGGGACAGAGGGCUGACCUUGGAUUGCAGAGAGCUUGGGAGGGCAACUAUCUUGCUUCGAAGCAAGAUACAACUCAGACCUCAGGCACUUUUGUCCCUGUUGCUAAUGAACUGAAACGAAAAGACAAGUACAUGAAUGUCCUCUUUUCCUGUCAUGUCCGGAAGGUGAAUCGAUUCAGUAAGGUAGAAGACCGAGCAAUUUUUGUCACUGAUCGUCACCUAUAUAAAAUGGACCCCACUAAACAGUACAAGGUGAUGAAGACUAUCCCACUAUACAAUUUGACUGGUCUGAGUGUCUCCAAUGGAAAGGACCAACUUGUUGUGUUCCAUACAAAAGACAACAAAGACCUCAUUGUCUGCCUCUUCAGCAAACAGCCAACCCAUGAGAAUCGGAUUGGGGAACUUGUUGGAGUCCUGGUGAAUCAUUUCAAAAGUGAGAAGCGCCACCUCCAAGUGAACGUCACCAACCCUGUACAGUGCAGCCUGCAUGGGAAGAAAUGCACCGUCUCCGUGGAGACGCGACUCAACCAGCCAGAGCCUGACUUCACCAAGAACCGCUCAGGCUUCAUCCUCAGCGUGCCUGGGAACUGAGGCCUGCGGGCGAGGCCUCCUGGAGCCAGAGGGCCGCGGAGCUUGAGCGCUGACCCAGGUCGGGCGCCCCGACACUCAGCAUUGUUGGUUCCACUAAUUGCUGAAUCCCUGCCACCACCCCGCUAGAAAUCAGCUCGGGGGGCCAUGCUAGGGAAGGAGCCCCCUCUGCCUUCCAUGCGGCCCCUCAGCCGCCCUGAGGGUUCUUCUGACUUUUUGCCUUCGGUCUCCAUCUUCCUCUGUCCUGACUUUUCACGGUCCCCACUCAGCAAACCAAAGACCCCAUGUUCUGCCCCCUGCCGCUGGGAGGCCAUCCAGCCCACAUCAAACCUCGGGCACCUGGAUGGCACCUUCCAUCAGGGAAGUCAGCUCAAGUUAGCACACCUUGACCCAGGGAGCAGCUGCUGAUUCUGCAAAGGGUGGGGCUGGGAAGCCCAGGAAAGUUCACCCAACCAAAGACAUGCUCCCUGGGGUGGGAGCAGGGGCAGGGGAGAAUUAGGGGAGAUGAGCUGGGAUAUAGCUCUGAAUCCAGUCACUUCUUCCCCAAAUUAGAUCCCAUCCCCCCUCCUGACUCUGGGGGUUCUUCAGAGCUCCUUGUCAGCACCCUUCCCCUGUCAGCCAGCCAAAGCCUCCAGGUAAGCAGAUGCACCUGUCAGGCCAGCCCCUCCCUCAGCUCAAAAGCCAGUAGGCAGCAGAAUAGCCACACCCAGCCGGCAGUGUGCCCUUCCUGGUGCCUGCCCUGCUUGGGCCUCAGGCCACCUCUGGGGACGCACGCAGGGAUGUUUCCGGGACCGUCUUUCCUAACGGUGCAGCCCGUGCCCAGGUGGUCUCACACUCAAGCUUUGUGGCUUGCAGGGCUGCUACUCAGAUGCUUUAUCAUCUGCUGUGGCCCCCCUGGCAAAGGAACACUAAUAAGAAAAUGGAGUUGCAGAGGUGAGGGGAGCGCUCAGGGCUUGAAAGUUUUCCCCUUCCAACAUCUCUAUUUCAAACUCACCUGGAGAACUAGGACUGCAGGGCAGGGGGCCACAGAGCAACUUGGGAAGCAGAACGAUAGAAAACUGAGCUCGGGGAUUCUGGCGCUGCAGGCCAGGCCAGGAUGCCCCCACCACAGACCCCUGCUGCAGCCUGGGCCCCAGGCUGCCAAGCGCACAGACCUCAUGCCAGGAGGGAACUGCUGUCUUGCCAGUUUCUGCCCAGCAGAAAGCACAUGCGCUUCAGGUGCUUCCUGAGACCACCCCGUCUUGCCCCUCAGCUGAGGACUCAUAAACCCCUGGGCAGCCCAGGCCUCCCUGCCAGGAAAAGCCUUAAAAGAAGAAAAGACUGGUGGGGAGCUGAAAGUGAGCCCACAUCUCAGGAGGAGACUGGCAGGUGUAAAGGAGGCAGACACUGAAGUUUUCUUCACUUUCUGCCACAGAUGCUCAACCCCCCACACUCCCACCCUGCUACCCGGACGUGCGGAACACACCAAAUGCCUGAACACAACUCCUGAGCCUCGCCCAGGGCCUGACCUGGUCACCAGGCUGAUGGCCAGGUGGCCCCCAGCAGCCGGGUCUCAUGCUCUCCUUUUGCCCCCGCUUCCCAGGGCUUGCAGACAUUUGCACCGUGUGCAAUUUGCAACAGUGAAUCUUACUGGCAUUAUGUCUUUGGAAACCCAUUCUCGUUUCCAGAGCCAGGUCAGCCGCCCGCAAGGCCCACCGGUGCCACCUGCCCCGUGUAGCAACACUCGCCGUCUCGCCAAUUGCCGAUAGACACUAGUUGAGCCAUCUAACUGGAACAUCUCCUGUCCCUUCUACUAAUCUCCUCAGACGUGUUGCUUUAUGCUAGACACAUGCAAAAGUAUGUUUAGACACCAAGACAGAACAUGCCAAAUGAGUGCCUUUCAGAGACGGGGGAUGCUGUGGGCCUCAGCCCGGCGCCAGGGCCCACCCGAUGAAGGUCGGGGGUCAGCUGUCAACAGCACACUUGUCGCGAUGUUCUAAAAGAAGUCAGUGUGCAGCGGCGGCCGAAGAAGGAUCAGAAAUUGUGGGUGUGAUGAUGGUGAUGGUAUCAGGGUGCCGAGGGACAAGCCAGAGGACACAGUGAUUGUAUACAAUGAAGUGUUUCUCUUGAUUUAAUGUGUAGUUGUAUGGUUUGGUGCAUAUAUUCCUAUUUUCCAUUAAAUUAACUUUAUUUCUAAAGCAUAUUUUGA